AUGGAGCUUUCGGCGAUGAGGCAGUCCAAGUUCAUUGGAUCUGUCAGUCACACAACCUUCAACCGACCUGCCCGGAGCGCCCUGGAUUUGGUAGACGACAUGGCAGCCGUCAACAUUGCAGAACCGCUAUCAGUGAAAACCGAACUGGCCAUUCCGCCCGGGCAGAAAUCGUCCUUCAAGGACCUCUUCUCCUUCACGCGCCGCAGCCACGUGCCCAUCAUCGGCUGCGCCUUCGCCACGGCGGCCCUGGUUGCCGUGGCGAGGACGGCCUACGCGAUCGUGCUGGGCCGCAUCUUCGAGUGCGUGUCCGAGUGGGGCGCCGGCGGGCUCGACAACGGCGACUUCCAGUCGCAGAUCUCGCGCUGGUCCGUCUACAUGACCCUACUGGGCCUCGCCAUUUGGCUGUUCUCGGGCCUCGACAUCGCCGUCUGGGUCGUCACCGGCGAGCUGCGCGCCCGCACCGCCCGCAACAUCAUCUUCUCCUCGCUGCUGCGCAAGACGGCCGAGUGGUACGACUCGCGCGCCGACGGCAUGUCCAGCCUGAUGAUUGGGAUACAGACGCAGACGCGCGAGCUGCAGAUGGCCACGUCGCAGACGCUGGGGUUCCUGGUGUGCGACGUGUUCGUGUUCACGGCGUGCCUGAUCGUGGCCUUUUACUACUCGUACCGGCUCACGCUGGUGAUGCUGGCGACGGGCGUGCCGUCGGCGCUGAUCCUGUGGCUCGUCAGUCGGUUCCUCGACCCGGCCAUCGAGGCGCAGAAGCGCGAGCUGGCGCAGGCCACCAAGCACGCGGCGGCCGCCACCACCGCCAUCGACCUGGUCAAGGUGUACAACGGCGCCGACCACGAGGCGUUCCGCUUCAUGGCCGCCAUCCGCCGCUCCGCCCGCUACUACGCCCGCCAGGUCCUGUGCAACUGCGCCCAGAUGGCCUACGUCAAGCUGUGGAUGAUCAUGCUGUUUGUCGUGGGGUUUUACUUUGCCGUCGUGCUCGUCAGCUGGCACCAGAUCACCCCCGGCGACGCCCUCACCACCUUCUACGCCGCGCUGAUUGCCUUUCAGUCCAUCGAGGCCCUCGGCCCCCAGUGGCUGGUCCUGGCCAAGGGCAUGGCCGCCGGCAUGCUGCUCGAGACUCUGGUGUCCGAACUCCAGGGCGGCCAGCAGGUGGAUAAGAUCACCGGGCUGCGCCGACCCGCGACGUGUUUUGGGGACGUCCAGAUGGAAAAUGUCAGCUUUGCGUACCCGACAAACCCAACCAAGACGGUGCUGGCGCCGUCAAACUUCCGCUUUCCCGCCAGCCAGAUCACGUUUGUCGUGGGGCGGAGCGGCUCCGGCAAGAGCACGCUCGCCAACUUGCUGCUGCGCUUCUACGAGCCUCUGACGGGCCGGAUUACGGUCGACGGCCACUCCGUCACGGAGCUGGACCUCGACUGGCUGCGGCGCAACAUCACGCUGAUCCAACAGUCGAGCGUGCUCUUCAACGACACAUUCUUCCGCAACGUGGCGUUUGGCGCGCCCGAACCCGACCGCGUGACAGUCGACGAAGUCAGGGCCGCGUGCAACAUGGCGCUCCUGCAGUCGACCAUUGCCGGGCUGCCCGAGGGGCUCGACACGCAGAUCGGCCCCGGCGGCUAUAGUCUUAGCGGCGGGCAGCGGCAGAGACUCGCGCUCGCCCGCGCAAAGCUGCGCGACUCGCCCGUGCUCAUCCUCGACGAGCUGACCAGCGGCCUGGACCCCGUCAGCCGCAGCCUGAUCAUGGAGGCCAUCCGCGUGUGGAGGAAGGGCAAGACGACCGUCAUCAUCACCCACGAGGUCGGCCACAUCGACGGCGACGAGUACGUUUACGUCGUCGAGGACGGGAACCUCGUCCAGGAGGGCCUCGGCAAGGCGCUGUCGGCGGACCCCGACGGCCUGUUCGCGUCGCUACUAGCCUCGGCCGACGACGACGGCGAGCCGCGGCCCGAGUCCGAGCUGCUGGACGAAGGCGAGGAUGACGACACCGACGUGGAGUCGCAUGUCUCUGGCGACGAGGAGGGAGAGCCCGCCCCCGAGCCCCGCUACGACAAGUUCCUCCACGCCCUGAGCCUCGACAGGAAGCAGCCGCCCAGCGGCCUGUUCCACCGCCUGUCGUGGCAGGCGGAGACGGACGGCUACCAGUCUGACGACUCUCGGCGAAGCAGCAAGGCUGAGAGCAUGAACCUGGUGGCAGAGAUGGGGCGCGAAACACAGAACAGAAGGCGGAAGUCGAACAUCAGGCAGGCUCGGCUCGAGAAGAGCGCGGCGCCAGGAGGCACUGCCGGCCUGGACUCGCUCGACCGCUUCUUCCUCGAGCGCGUGGCCAGGCCCAAGAAGGGGGAAGAGAGGGAAGAAAGGACGGCGACACCGCACCGGCUGCCGUCUCUCGCGUCCAUCCUGCGGACGGUGUGGCCGACGCUGGACGCGCGGGGCAAGGGCGAGCUGCUGCUCGGGCUGAUGCUCUGCCUCGUGAUGGCGGCGUGCAACCCCCUGUUCUCGUACAUCUUCGCGCACCUGCUGGCGGCGUUCUGGCUGCCGGACGGGCAGCAGGCGGCCGAGGGGUCGCGGUGGGCGCGGUUCCUGGCCAUCGUGGCCGUGGCGGACGCGGCGGCGACCUUUUUCGGGUAUUUCUUCAUGGAGCGCGCGGCGCAGAUAUGGGUCGACACGCUGCGCGCCGAGGCCAUCAAGCGCAUCCUCGCGCAGCCUAAGGCGUGGUUCGACGAAGGGGGCCACUCGCCGUCCCACGUGACGCACUGCCUGGAGCGCAACGCCGAGGAGAUGCGCAAGCUCGUCGGCAUGUUCGUGCCCAUCCUGCUGACGGUGAUGUGCAUGAUCUCGACGUCGCUGGUGUGGGCGCUGGUGAUCCGCUGGGACCUGACGCUGGUGACGCUGGCGGGCCUGCCCGUGGCCAUCGGCGCCGCGCGCGCCAACUCGGUCGCCAGCGACAAGUGGGAGGCGCUGUGUGACGGCGCCGCCGCGCUGACUGACGCCGUGUUCAGCGAGACGUUUGCCAACAUCAAGGUGGUGCGCGCGCUGACGCUCGAGGCGUGGUGGGCGCGCAAGCACGCCGCGUCGGUGGCGGCUACGUACCGCGUUGGUGUCAGGCGCGCGGCCUACGUCGGCGUCUUCUACGGCUUCUACCAGUCGCUGACGUUUUUUCUGACGGCGCUGGUCUUCUUCUACGGCGCCAAGAUCCUGGCCGCCGGCCUGACCACGGCCACGGACGUGCUGCGCAUCGUCAAUCUGCUGCUCUUCUCGCUCGGCACCUCGGUCGCCAUGCUCGCCAACCUGCCGCAGAUCGCCGCCGCAAAGGUCACCGCCGUGCAGGUGCUGUACUACGCCAACCUCGACCACGCCGUCAGCCACGAGGCCCGCGGCGCCCUCCGCCUGACCGCCGCCCAGGGGUGGCCUCUGCCCGUCCGCAUGGCCAACCUGCGCUUCGCCUACCCCGGCGCCCCCGCCACGCUGGUCCUACGCAACGUCAACCUCGCCAUCCGCCCCGGCACCUGCACCGCCAUCGUCGGCGCCUCGGGCUGCGGCAAGUCGACCAUCGCCGCCCUGCUGCUGCGCCUGUACGAGCCGCUGCCGCCCGAGGACGAGGCCGCAGGCAGUAACGCUACCGAACAGCUGCCGAGCGUCGUCAUCUCGCCUCCGUCGCCCGUGGCCCGCCGCGGCGGCGAGCAGCCGCCAUCCUCACAGCGCCGCCCACCGCCACCACCACCACCCGGCGCCGCGACCCUGACGUUCGCCGACUGCCCCGCCAGCGCCCUGCACACAGCGUCGCUGCGGGGCGCCAUCGGCUACGUGCCGCAGCACCCAUUCCUCUUCCCCGGGACGGUGCGCGAGAACAUUCUGUACGGGCUGCCGGAUGAUUUCUUUUCGUCGGCGUCGGCACAGGCACAGGCACAGGCUGAUGCUGAGACGUCGCGCGGGAUCCUCUUUUCUUCGUCGUCGUCGUCGGCUGCUGGCGCUGGCGGCGGUGGUGCUGUUGGGUCUACAUCUAUCCUGGGCUGGAAAUGCGGCAGCCGCCGUGGACUCCAUCCCAGCAGCAGCAGCGGCAACGAUAUCAACAACAACAAUAACAGCAGUGAAGACAACGACGCCCAAGGCUACGCCGCCGCCGCGCACGCCGCGCGCCAGGCCGGCAUCCACGACUUCAUCGCGUCGCUGCCGGCGGGCUACGACACGGCUGUGGGCGAGGGCGGGCAAGCUGUCUCGGGCGGCCAGGCGCAGCGGCUCAGCAUCGCGCGGGCCCUCGCGCGGCGCCCGCGCCUGCUGGUGCUAGACGAGCCGACGAGCGCGCUCGACGCGGCCGCCGCCGAGGGCGUGCGGCGCGUCGUCCGCGAUCUUGUUUCUGAGUCGGUUCGUGGUGGUGAUGGGAGUGGUAUGGCGGUCGUCGUCAUCACGCACAGCAAGGAGAUGAUGCGCGUUGCGGACACGAUUGCCAUGGUCGACCAGGGCACGGUGGUCGAGACGGCUUGUUGGAGGCGGCGUGUGGAUUGGCGGUGGCAAUGGUGCCAGUGGAAGCGGGUUAGAAAGGCAGCAGCAGCAGCGGCGCCGGCGCAGGGAGAGGACUCGGAGCGCGCGCAGGAAUCGGCGGAGGGGAGGAAGUGUGAGUACCAGCAGGAGCAGAAGCAGGAGCAGGAGCAGGGACGCGGACGCGGUGUCUAG